GUGGUGAGCAACGGGUUCUGCAAACAUAUAUGGGUUGGCCCACCAGAUGCUACUCGAGAUUGGGCGUUGGGAUUAUUCACAACCGAGUUCACCUACACGUUUAGCCUCAUGUGCAUCAAGCUCUCGAUCCUGGCUUUUUAUUGGAGAAUUUUUAGCGUCCAAUUUAUAGACAAGCUGCUUCUUGGAAUCUUGGCUGGAAUGGUCGGUUGCUGGACAGUUGCUUCUAUUCUAACUUCUGUUUUCCAAUGCGUACCGAUAUCCGCUCUCUGGCAGCAGUUUGACCCCGUUCACCCAACAGAUCCAUCAACUUUCACAUGCGGUGUCAACAUUCAUAACCUGUUUAUCGGAAAGACGGUUCCUCACAUUGUCACAGACGUGCUCAUUCUUCUCUUCCCGCUGCCGUAUAUCUGGAAUCUGCAUUUACGCAUGUCUCAGAAGAUUGCGACUGCGUGUAUCUUUAUGCUGGGCAUCUUCGUCCUCGUUGUUUCGAUUGUUCGAUUCGUGUUCGUGCUUCAGCUAAACUUGGAGUCUCCGGAUGUUACGUGGGAUGAAUGCGCGGAAAUGAAAUGGACUGGCGUUGAAGUGUAUAUUGGUACCGUUUGUGGCAUGCCUUACCAUUUUCCUUUCUCCCUGCAGCUUUGGCUGAUAAACGACAGCUUGUCUUCCAUCCUUGAAGCCUUUGUUGAAUCUCAUCCUACACGGAAGUGUUCACCCGAAGUCGCAUAG